AUGUUCGCGAAGGUCGCGGCGUGGACGCUCGUCGGGGCGCUGUGCCUGGGCGCGGCGCUGGGCCAUGUCAGGCUGGCGUACCCUCCCCCGACGUCUUCCAUGGAUUUCCUCGACAACGCGCGCACCAAGGGCCUGUGCGGCGACGAGGCCUCAGGCACGGACGGCUCCGGCUACUGGAGGCUACCCCCGCUGGACACCGAGACCGUCACGACGCUGCCCGCGGGCAGGGCCAUUGAGGUCGCGUGGGACCUCCACUACGCCCACCAGGGCGGCUGGAUGUUCGAGCUGUUCGAUUCAGAGGGGUCCCUGGCCUCCGUCUGGAACGACAGCUCCCACUGGGACUGCGCCUCCGACGGCACCCAGCAGGCCACAGAGCUGCUGAUGCCACAGGCGCCCUGCCGGGGCUGCGUGCUGCGGAUGCAGCGCCAGGCGCUGGAGUGGGGCGGCGCCUACCUCUUCCGAAGCUGCGCCCUGGUUGACAUCGUCGAUCCCGAGGAGGACGACGAUGAGGCUGAAUGCGGAGGAUGCUCGGGUCACGGGACUUGCGUCCAGGGCAAGUGCGAAUGCGACAGUAGCAUGGAGGAUGGGUUCUGGUACGGGACCCACUGCGAGCGCCAAAACGAAUGCGACGCUGAUGAGGACUGUGGGGAGGGCGGCCGGUGCAUCAACACAGGGGCCUUGACGGAUCCACAGAAGCAGUGCUACUGCAAGGAGGGCUGGUUUGGAGACGAGGUGCAACCAUGGGUGUCCCUAGGAAGCAGCCUGCCAACCCGGAUUUGCAAUAGAGAGUCCAACCUGAGGUUUGGCAAUCCUGCAAAUUGGGGAGAGGAGUAUCCCUUCCAGAAGGUGUCUCCUGGAGAAGGGGCCUUCACUGUUUUCUACAAGGUCGAUGGUGAUGAGAUCGAGUUCGCUAUCCAUGCAAACACGAGCAGCUGGGUAGCAAUCGGAUUCCGGGCCAGCGGCAUCAAAGGGGAACCUGCCAGGGUUGCAUCAGCAGUGACAGGCGCCUCUUCAGAGGCCGAGCCAGCAGCUGAGGGAGCCUCCUCAGAAGCUGAGCCUAAGGCUGGGAGCGAACCAGACUCAGAGGGUGAACCUGGAAUUGACGACAAGGAAUAUGUGACCAGCUCAACAGAGUCCGAGGCCAGCGCUGAGCCAAAGGCGGACAAGAAAGCCAAGAAGGGAAAAGCGGCCAAGGCAGACAGCGGAAGGAAACUGUUGGGCCCAGAUGGACGCAUGCCUGCGCUGCAGGAGGAGGCUAUGGAAAAUGGUGGUGUCAGGCAACUUGCUCAGGCAGACGAUAGUGCCGAUGCUGCUGACGACAUGUACAAAGGAAACUCCACCAAGAAGAAUGGCAGGAAAGGGAAGAAGCGUGCUCAAGACUCCGAAGCAGAACCAGCCUCUGAUUUCGAGCCUAAAUCUGAUGCUGAGCCCAAGUCUGAUGCUGAACCCAAGUCAGAUGCUGAGCCUAAAUCUGAUGCUGAGCCAAAGUCUGCAUCUGAAGCAGAACCUGAAGCGGAGUCUGAGGCUGAGGGCACUGGCGGAGGCUGCGAUGCCGGCGAGCCACUCACAGCUGAAUCCGACGAGGGGACCCAUUUGGUGGCGGCUCAGGAAAAGGGAAAGAAACGCCGCGGCAUGCUCAGUAGGAUGCCCGCCUUUGUGCAGGAGAAGGAGGAGCCCAUGGUUGCUGGGAGAGCUCUCCUUAUGGCCAAGGCUAAGGCCAAGACUGAGUCUGAACCUGCAGCCACCUCAGAGCCCAGUGCUACUUCAGAACCCGGUGCUGCUUCGGAGCCUGCUGAUUCAGAGCCCGUUGCUGACACAAAAGGCAAAUCCGAGGCGCGGCUCUUUGCGGAGGGCACCCGCUGCGAGAACGCCCUCGUCGACGACCCGUCGGCUCACGCAAUGAUCAACCAGGACAUCGUCAUCGGCUACGCGCGCGGGCGGACCUUCCGCGUGCAGGACACCUUCACGCCCAGCCGCGCCCGCCCCCUGCCCGACGUCUACUUCGGCGGCCGGGACGACAUCGUCGACGCCAUCGGGAUGGAGGUGAAUGGCUUCACCGGCCUCAAGUUCCGGCGCAAACUCUCCACGGCCGACCAGGCUGCGGACUACUGCAUCCUGGACACCAUCAACUACCUCAUGAUCUACGCCUUCGGCCAGGACCAGGAGAACUACUCCCACAACCCGCCAUCGUCGCUGGAGACGGGCCGGGCCUCGAACAAGGAAUUCUACGGCAAGGACGAGCUCAAGUACCACGGGGGCGGGAUCGGGGUCUCCUACGAGGGCCGAGGCGUCCUGGGCACCGUGGACUUCUUUGAGACGCCCAAGACCGCGGGGCAGUGCGCGCCGUCCAGCAUGGCGGGCUACGACUGCAUGGCGCAGGUGGUCCCCGAGGCCUACCUGCUGCACUGGAGGGCCGACGACGACAAGGUGGAGAUGGCGGCGGAGGCGGUGGGCACCGGAUGGGUGGCCGUCGCGUGGCCGGAGACGCCCGGCCAGAUGGUGGGCGCGACUGCGGUCAUGGGCUGGACGGACGGUGCUGGCGGGGACGAGGUCGGCGUCUACGCCCUGUCCAGCAAGGACGCCUCGGGGAUUGUCCCCGCGGACGACGACCUUGGCGUCUCCGACAUGGAAAUCGAGGAGGCCGAUGGCCGCACCAUCCUCAAGUUCUCCCGCGCCUUCGACGCCUCCUUCGCCGCCGCCAAUGACCACGACCUCCUGGGCGGCUUCCACGCCACCGCGGACGCCAUCGAGUACCACGGCCCCGCCAGCAGGGCAGCCGUCUCAGUAAACUUCCAGUCCGUCCCUGGAGGAGACGAACCGGGAAUCGUCCUUGGAGAGGCAGACGAGAAGCUGGCGGAGGAGACCGUGGGCACAGGAGACGGACUCGUGGCCAGCGACGCUCAGAGCGCGGACGAGGUGUCCGUCGCUGUGGCCAGCGCCACGGACAGCGGCGUCAUGUGCGCUCCGUCCGAUUUGGAGGGUUACGGAGACGGAUGUGUUCAAGACACGGACAUCGGCCUGCGCAUGCACUGGAGGAUCGAGGGCGAGGUGGUGCACAUCGCCGCGGAGGCGGAGGGCACGGGCUGGGUGUCCGUCGCGUGGCCGGAGACGCCGGGACAGAUGGUGGGGUCGACGGCCGUCAUUGGCUGGGCGGGCGCCGACGAGCAGAUCGACGUCUACACCCUCAACUCCAAGGAUUCUGCGGGCAUCGACGUCACUGCCGACGCCUUCCAGCUGGUGCCCGAGGACACGUUCGUGGAGGAGAUGGACUCGAGGACCAUUCUGCACUUCUCUCGCGCCGCGGGCCCUGAUUUUGACCUGAAUGCGGACCAAGACAUGCUGGUGGCGUUCCACCCCUCCACCGACGGCAUCGCCUACCACGGCUUUGGCACCAAGAAGGCGGUGACGCUGAACUUCGGCAGCGGCUCUGCCGUGCUGGCGUCCGCCAACGAGAACCUCAAGACGUACUGGCAGGUGCACGCGUGGCUGAUGGUGGUCGGCUGGGGCUUCAUGAUCCCCAUGGGCGCCAUCAUCGCUCGCACCAUGAAGGACAAGGACCCCAUCUGGUUCUACACCCACGUCUUCGUCCAGUCCUGCGGCUUGCUAGUGGCCAUCGUCGCCUGGGUCAUCGCCAUCCUGAAGUUCGACCCCGAGCCCGACUUCCGCCACGGGCAGGUGGGCUGGGCCGUCAUGGUGCUGGGCAUCGCGCAGCCCCUGCUGGCCGCCAAGCGGCCCCACAAGGGCGACGCCCUGCGCAUGUACUGGGAGUGGAUGCACUGGACGGUGGGCCGCGGGGCCAUCCUGCUGGCGGUGUGGAACAUCUUCAUGGGCAUCGACAGGUACGUCUUCCUGGUCGAGGAGGGCACCCAGAAGUACCACGUCAUGUACGGCGUCUUCAUAGGCGCUAUGGUCCUGGCGUAUCUCGCCCUGGAGUCGCGGGCAGAACAUAUUCGCCACGCCCGCUUCACCAAGGCCGUGAUCGAGAGGAUCGAUGGAUUGGAGCUGGAGGUGGGCGUGAAGCGGUCGCCGGGCAAGGUGCGGGUGGGGGAGUCACGGGUAAAGCUGACGGCCGGCAUGUAUCCGUGA